CACAUUGCCAAAUCGUGUUAUUCGUAUAAAAAUCUCAGUAAAUUUUGACCAUGUUUCGGCGAAGCUACGACAUUAUUUUUGCGCUCUUCAGUUUUCACUUGUCCUCCGCAUUGUUAUAUUCAAAACAAUGUGACCCCCCGAAAUCGUGUCCUGGACCAACGUACUAUUAUUACGAAUUAAGGUGUACAUUCCAUUUCGAAAAACCUCCAUACUGUUGUCCAACGAGAUGGAUUUGUGACGAUUGGGAAAAUUUGCCUGAGGAUGAGUGCUUGGUAGAUGGUGUUCGAUACCCCAUCGGUGAAUUGUAUCCAAAUGGAUAUGGUUUGAAUGGCUGUUAUCACGAUCACUGUAAAUGUGAAGGGCGUCGUUUUAAUUGCACGCUCCCAGCAAAAUGCUCUGCACCGCCAGCGAAACUCGGCUGUACACUACAUACGUCGCCUCUCGAAUGUUGUAAAUUUAACGAAGUUUGUGAGGACGACCCCGUGGCUUGUAUAGUGGAUGGAAAAUUGUACAAAAUCGGCGAAUCUUUCCGUCCUGAAAACGAACCCGAUAUAGUUUGCUUCUGUCAAAAAGGAUAUAUAGGCGUCAAUACCCCAGAGUUUUGCUUCAGUAAAACUGCACUCUCGUGCGACAACGUGUUGCAUCAUGUUGAAGAAAUCCUUGCUUUCGAUCCACCGUAUUACGGGGCGUAUGAUUCCCUCUAUGAUACUUGUAACAAAGGUCACGUACGCGUCAAAGACGGAGAAUACGUACUCGAAGAAAUAAUCACUGCUAAUAACACGAAGGAGUCGGAUAUCGCCGAAUUCCAGAAUCCGGGUGAGUCGAACACGAAAUUUACGAGGGUAAAUGAAGGUUUCGAACAUUCUCAAAACUCAUUUUAUUUGCUUUCAGACAAUCAGUGCAGAAUUGGGAAUGUGACUAUGAACAUCGGCGAUAAAGUCCGCGCUCAUAACGCUACGAAUCAUGCUGUGAGCUGUCUGUGCGAAGUGCCACCACUACCAACUUGUCGGGAGGUUAUACCAGAUAGCGACUAGUAGCGACAUGUUUCCUAAACGCUUAUUCCGAGAAAGAAACUCAGUCGAUACAUUAUUUCCAUUGGAAAAUGUGUGUGUGUUAAACAACAAAUCAUCGGCUAAUAAAGAAGUUGACUCCGAAUGCGAUUUUGUGAAAAAGCAAUGAAAAUAUAUAUAUAAUUUGGCGAAA